AUGGCGGUGCUACAUGGCUUACAAAUUUGUUGGGAGAAUGAGUUCAGAAGAAUCAUUUGCUUCUCAGAUUCGCUUCGGGCAGUUAAUUUAAUCCGGGAAGGAGUCUCGGCUCAUCACCGGUUUGCGAAUGAAAUCUUUAGCAUCCGUCAACUAGUUGAUAAAGAUUGGGAUGUGGUUGUGGAACAUACGCUCCGAGAGGAUAAUGCUUGUGCGGAUGUGCUAGCCAAGAUGAGUGCUCUCUCUAACUUGCCAUUAGUGAAAAUUACUUCACCUCCUAAUGAACUCUCUAUGCCUCUUCUCGCUGAUGCGCAGGAUGUAGUUUUCAUCCGGGAGUAA